AUGAUAACCCUUCCGAGCCCUCCUAGUCCUAAGAGAAAUAAACUGGCCCUAUAUUUAACGAUGAGCUUACACAUUAUCUUAAUAGUGAAUCCUUGUGACUUCUGGCGGGAGCAUGAGCAUCAAUAUCCUACCCUUGUAAGCAUAGUACGCGAUAUAUUUACUAUCCCUGCUAGCGGUGCUGGAGUUGAGCGUCUCUUUAACUCUGCUCGUGACGUGUGCCACUAUCGACGGGGUCGUCUUAAUGAGACCGCUAUAUAA